GCCUCUCCCUCUCUUCUUCUUCAGUGCAACCGGGCGUUCGCCUCUCUGCCUCUCCUCCUCCUCCUCCCUCUCUCUCCUCCUUAUCGGCAACAAGUCGAGGCUUGAUAUCUGUUCUAGGUCGGCAAGCUUGGUGGCCUGAUUGGGCUUGAUUGGUCUGGAGAAGUUUCUUGCAAACUGCGGAUGGCCUGCUUGGAGGAAAACCUGAUGGCAACUGACGAGAACGCCGUUGCCGAUCGCGCGGGCGGUGAAGACACCGCGGAUCAUCGCAACAAUCCUCUCGAUCCCGGCGACAUGGAUUUGUUAGGAGAAGGGCACGUACCCAAGGCGCGGAAGCCUUACACGAUCACGAAGCAGCGGGAGAAGUGGUCGGAGGAAGAGCACAAGCGGUUCUUGGAGGCCCUGCAGUUACACGGCCGCGCCUGGCGCCGCAUACAAGAGCACAUCGGCACCAAGACCGCCGUGCAAAUCCGGAGCCACGCGCAGAAGUUCUUCACCAAGGUUGUCAGAGAAUCGUCGGGGAGCAACAGCGGCCCGGGAGCUGCGCAGGCAAUCCAGAUCCCUCCGCCGCGGCCGAAGAGGAAGCCGGCCCACCCGUACCCGCGCAAGGUGGACGGCGCGGCCAAGAAGCACGCGCCGGCGCUCAAGCAGCUGGAGAAGCCACCUUCCCUGCGGAUGCAGUCUCUGCGCGAGCAGGACGACAGGUCGCCGACGUCGGUGUUGACCGCGGCGCAGACGAUGUUGCGAGCGGACGCGCUGGGUGGCGUGUUCUUCAACAGCUCGAGCGGCAGCAGGUCGCCGGCUCCGUCAGCCGCCGGUACAGAUGAGCAUGGCAACGGUGGUGGCUCGCCGGUCUCGUCGGUGGACAAAGAGGACGGAUGCAUAUCGCCAAGCAAAGUAUUAGCUGGGUUGGCUGUGAGAGCACCAAAUACCAAGGCACUCGGUGAUACAAAUGAAGUUUCUUGUAUAGCAUCAGAAGCUUCAGUCUUCAAGCUGUUCGGAAAGAAAGUUGCGGUGAAGGAUUCCUAUGAGCACCUACAGAACUCAAGAGACCUGAAAAUGGAUGAUUCACCUUCGAGCGUUACCCAGGCAACCAGAAACUCGUUUCCUUUUGUUUCCGCAGAAGGAAACUCGUGGAAUCCAUGGCCGAGCAGCAUGCAGCAGCUCAUGUACUUUCUUCCCCAGCCGGACGGUUUCAUCGCGCAAACCGUCGUGCCAUGGCUCGGUUACAACGGGAGCCUGCCUUGCGCGUUGUUCUACCCGCAGGCGGUGGCUUUGAAUCAGCAGCAGCACCAACCUUCAGAGACCCUAGAUCACAAAGGCAUGCAGAGGGAAGGUUCAUGGACAGGCUCCAACACGGCCUCUAGCGUCGUGCCAGCCGCAUCAGCGGCUCAGAAUUCAGACGCCGCAGAGUCUCAUGGCGGGCAAGAAAACACCAGCGAAAGCGACACGGCGCCUGCUGUUCCAUGGCUAACGGAGUGCCUGAGCUCGGCUUCCUUCAGCCGGAGAGGGUUCGUACCGUACAAGAGAUGCGCGGCCAAGAGCGAGGCGGUGCCGCGAUCAGUGGCACCCGGAGAGGAGGCAGACGGCGAACUGACGAGGCUGUGUUUGUAACAACUGGGAGCCGUCACUUUGCCAACUCACGAUACAUGCUUUGGAUGUUUGCUGGUUUUGCUCCGGCCGGUUUUCUUGAGCUGUUCAUAUGGCUCUGCUCCAGGAAGCUGACCUGCAUGCUGCAGCCUGCCUGCCACUUCUCUGAGGCAGCAGCUGUAAACCACAUAAGAUUUCCAGAAAUGAGGAGCAACCCUGUUUCUUACUCCUCAGUAUAUAGACACAUGUAGCUAACUGUGAUAUCCCACUUUUGUUCAGUGUGUGAUCAUGUAAUUUUGCCCCAACUUGGGAGAUUCAGGGGUCAGGAGCAGCCUGUACCAACCUGGAUCUCAGGUAGGGUUGUGUGUUAGUCUGACCACAUGUAAAACUAGGCCUGUACUAUCUGAAAGGAAUGUAAUGGGCAGAAGACGAAGGAAAUGUUGAACGCUCUGUUCAUCUGAA